GCAGCAGUGCAAGAACUAUCUCUAACAGACUGAAAAGCAUUGCCACCCGGCUCGAAGCAGGCAUGCAGGUAUUGCUACCUCAGUCUCAGCCGAGCAACCGGCCUCUCACCACGUGUUCCGUAGUGUCAGUACCGUUAACAAGCGUGUCCAAUAACUAUUACGUGAUUUCAACCCGGAGAAUCCAGAAAGUGACCAAUCAUGGGGCUCCGCUCCCUUCUUCUCCUCUCCCUCGCCUGCCUCGCCUCGAGCGACAAGCUCCACCUAGUCUUCGAAUGGAGCCAGCUGGACUACCAGUACGCCAGUCCCGAGGCGCGGCAGCAGGCGAUCGACAGCAAGACGUUCAUCCCGGAGAACAACAUACCGAUGGGCGUGGAGGUGUAUGAGGAUAGGCUGUUUGUCACAGUGCCGCGGUGGAAGCAUGGGGUGCCGUCUACGCUGAAUUAUGUUAAUUUGAAAGAUAAUAGCACGAAGUCACCGAACUUAAUCCCCUAUCCGAGUUGGGCCGCGCACUCUAUCGGUAGUGAUAGGAAACCUCCAGAAAUCAUUUCACCGUUCAGGGUCCGAGCUGACAAAUGCGGUCGUCUUUGGGUUCUCGACAGUGGAAAGAUGGGCAGCCUCGAAACGAACGCUACCAAAUUCUCGCCCUCCAUCAUCGUCUACGAUUUGAAGACAGACAAUCUUUUGAGAAAGUACACGUUCCCUGCAGAUCAGGUCAAACAAGAUUCUGGAUUCGCCAACAUUGCCGUGGAAGAUUUCGAUUGCGAAAAAUCUUUCGCGUACGCCGGCGACGUUGGUAAGGCGGGAAUCGUAGUCUACUCGUGGGAAAAGAACGAAUCGUGGAGAAUUAGUCAUCAUUACUUUAACCAAGAUCCUUUGGCUUGCGAUUUUAACAUUAAAGGAUUGAACUUCACUUGGGACGACGCCAUCUUCGGCAUGGGACUGUCGGCGCCUAACUCUGACAACUACAGCACCCUCUACUUCCACCCGAUGGCGAGCUUUAAUGAGUUCGCUGUCUCCACAGAAUUCCUGAGGAACAAGACUUUAGCUGAAGCUAACUUCAAUUCUUUUAGACUACUUGGUAGCAGAGGUCCAAAUGCUCAAUCAAGUGCGUCCUUCGUGGAUCCCAAGACGGGCGUCCUUUUCUACUCUUUAGUGAACCUUAAUGCUGUGGCUUGCUGGCGGACGUCCAACAAGGAAUACACAAUGAAGAACCAGGGUAGAAUCUCCAUGAACGACACUACCAUGAUCUACCCUACUGACAUUAAGGUGGACAUCAAUCAGAACUUAUGGGUUCUAUCUAACAGGUUACCGUUCUGGAUGUACGGACAAAUGAACCCUGCGGAUGUUAACUUCAGGGUAUUCACAGCUCCCGUGUUAGAAGCGAUUAGCCACACGGCGUGUGACGUCACGGCCCGAUCGGAUAUUCUUGAUAAGUUUUUGGGUAACGUGAAGAAUGCUACGGCAAAGAUUGCCUCUAAGAUAAAGCCAAAUUCAGGUGCUUCGUUUGCGCCUAUGUCGUUCGUUGCGUUAGUUAUAUUAAGUUUGUUCAUAUCUACUGAAUAUUAAGAGCCUAGUCUAUGUAACCGUUACAGAAAGCCUGGCGUUACUUAACUUCUGUGAAUAGUAGGUAAGAGCUGAUAAUUCGGUAUAAAUUAUUUAAUUUUGUCCUUCCUUGGCCUUACUUUUGUUUCAUCAAUUUGUACCGAAUUGUCAAUAAAACCUGUUGCUUGUUACAAUGGUAAAUAUAGUUUGUCAAAGGACUGUCUCAUGUCAAACAUAUAUAGACAGAGAGAAUCAUACUAUCUUUGUCUUACGCUAAUACUAGCACCCAAAAGAAAAGGAUGAGUAUAGUUUUUUUUGUUCUAAUUUACUGACAAUUUGGUUUGACCAACUAUAUAAGUCCGUCGAUCUGAUUAGCGAAUCAGAACAUAAUUUAGUAUAAUAACUAUUAAACGAUGUAAGAUUCGCUUGCCAGACUGGUAGACAAAGAGGUAUUUAGGGCCACACAUUUGAAAAUGGUAGCUCUAAAAUGUAAUACGAAGCGGAAACGUGAUUAUAAUCUAUAGAGACCGAUUGCUACCAGGAACGAUUUACUAUAGUACCUACUUAUAUAUAUGUAUGUAUAGAUUUAAGUUCGCUGCGUUUUCUAUGGAAAGCACCUUGUGAUCACCGAUCAGCCGUCAUAGAAAAUGACGUGUCGGGCGCCUCGGCCCGAGCCCGGAGUCAUCCUUUAAGGUUAUGUAAUUUCCAGGGCUAUUAAUUUCAAGACUGGUAGGUACUCGUAGCUUUCGGUAAUGCGUACAAAACUUCACCGCUUAUCCAGCAUUUUACUACAAAAGGUUCGUUUUAAAGCCACAUAAUCACAUCUACCUAUAUUCUUUUGUUCGUAGUUUUCGCCACCUUACUUUUGUGAACACAAUCAUUUCUGAAAUUUUGACUUAUCAGCUGGAGUUUGUCUAAGCUAAGUUUGUACCAACUUGAACAGAACAAAGUGAGGGAGUGUUAUUAUGAACGUCAUAUUUUCAUAGAAGUUUGACAUUACUGAUGACAUUGCCACACUUUGUCAUUGCAAAUGCCAUGUAGCUUAGUCUGACUAUAGAUUUUGAUGGUUGAAUUUGUAUAACAGAAAAUGCCAUCAAAAUUGUGGAAGUGAUAAGUUAUAAUACAGUGAAAUUACGACUUAUUUUUAUUUGUAAAGUCAUAACGCCACGCCAUAGUUUGUCGAUGGGUCAUUUAAAUGGUUACCGCUUUAUUUAUUACCUAAUUUAAAAUGUAUAAUCGUAAGCAGAUAUACUGUAGGUAAAAAUCAAUGGAAACGGGUCUGUUCAGAAUUUUCAAACGGAGUGACACUUUUUCAUUGCUUUUGUGUGUAUUUUAUAUUAUUAAGUCUUUGGAGUGCUAGCACUGCUGAAUGCGUUGUCGCCUGUCUCGCUCGCACUACAACAAAUAUAUAUUUAUUAGUAUACAAAUUUUGUUAUUCAGUGUGAUAAUGGUUGCAUGUUUGCUAUUGGUCGUAUUUUGUCUCUAUUUUCUUUAGAUAUAAAGUUAAUACGGGUAAGUGUGGCUAGCCUGCACGUUGGCGCCUGCAUCCGUUUAUUGCUGCAAAUGUAUGAACUCGCAAUAAACACUAAUCGAUGCCUCAAUGUGAAGAUCAGCCCCACUUACCCCGCAGUCAC